GCUUCAGUCAGGCCACAGAAAGGGCCUAGAGCUGGGUGGGGUCACCAUGGCCCCAGGGCCCACAGUCCUGCUCCUUGUGUUCCUGUGCAUCCAAGACCUGGAUGUCCAGGCUGCUGACACCUGUCCAGAGGUGAAGGUGGUGGGCACGGAGGGGACCGACAAGCUUGCCAUUCUCCGGGGCUGCCCUGGGCUGCCCGGACCCCCGGGGCCCAAGGGCGAGGCAGGAGCCAGAGGAGAGAAAGGAGAACGAGGCCCCCCUGGACCCCCUGGCAAGGCAGGACCACCCGGGCCCAAAGGGGACCGAGGGGACAAAGGGGUCCGUGGGGAGAAAGGAGACGCUGGGUCUUCGCAGUCCUGCACUACAGGACCUCGGACCUGCAAGGAGCUCCUCAGCCUGGGCCACUUCCUGAGCGGCUGGCAUACCAUCUACCUGCCCGACUGCCGGCCCCUGACUGUGCUGUGUGACAUGGAAACAGAUGGCGGCGGGUGGACUGUCUUCCAGUGCAGGCUGGACGGCUCCGUGGACUUCUUUCGGGACUGGGCCGCCUACAAGCAGGGUUUCGGCAACCAGCAGGGAGAGUUCUGGCUGGGGAACGACAACAUCCAUGCCCUGACAUCCCAGGGAAGCAGCGAGCUCCGCGUGGACUUGGUGGACUUCGAGGGCAACCACAGCUUUGCCAAGUACAGCUCCUUCAAGGUGGCGGACGAGGCAGAGAAGUACAAGCUGGCACUGGGUGCCUUUGUUGAGGGCAGUGCGGGAGACUCUCUGACGUCCCACAGCAGCAUGUUCUUCUCCACCAAAGACCAGGACAACGACCAGAGUUCUGCCAGCUGUGCGGAGCAGUACUGCGGAGCCUGGUGGUAUGGGGAAUGUCACGUGUCCAACCUGAACGGCCUCUACCUCAGGGGUCCCCACGACAGCUAUGCCAAUGGCGUCAACUGGAGGUCGGGCAAGGGGUACAAAUACAGCUACAAGGUGUCGGAGAUGAAGCUGCGCCCCGCCUAGCUCCGAGCAGAGACCCCUCUACACCUGAGAAAGAGGCCACCGCACAAGGCAGCCACAGCAGAAGCCUGGGGGCUCGGUCCCCACUCAGAGGCUGCCCUGCCUCCCGCCGUGCCCUUUGCCCUGCAGCCCUAUCCGCACUCCGUGCCACUGCCCGUCGCCCCACCUGUCCCCAGCCUCACCUGAUGGGGAAUUAUGUUCCCCAAACACGUCUUCUCUC